AUGAAUGAAGAAGAAAAGAAGAAAAAGAGUUAUGAUGAAAUUCUGUUAAAUCUAUGUUUAACAAAGGAUGAUAAAAUUGAGGCUGUCUUAAACAAACUUGUUCCUCUUUUGAUGGAUGAGAUAUUUCUUUGUGAAGUAAGCUUGAGAAAUAAGCUGGUUGAAAUUAUUAGUAAUUGUAUUUUAAGAUGUAAAUCGAUUGAAGGAAUAAAACUUCCUGUUUCCAUUAUGAUAGAAGGAUAUUUUAAAAAUAUUAAUAUAAAUAAUAGUAGUCGUAUCUUGUAUAAUAGUACAUUGAUGAUAUUAUUAGAUAUUUGUUUUAUAAAUAUAUGUGAUGAUGAGAAAAUAAAAUAUCAAGAAUUAAUAAUUGAGAAUAGUGAUAAGUUAUGUGUAAAUAAAGAAAUGUGCAUGUUUUUGGUGAUAAAAUUUAUUGAAAGUUUAGAGAUAUUAAAUAAUGGAAGGAAUAAGAAAAUAAUGCGUGAUUAUUUAUAUAAUGAUUAUUCAUAUGAUAUGAAUUAUAAAAUAAUGAAUUUUGUGAAAUAUAUAAAUGAGUUUUUAUUAAUUCCUAUAUAUUGUACAAAUUUUAAUUCUUUAAGAUUUGUUGAUAUACAUACAAAUAAAAUUUAUAAAGAGAAAUUUCUUUAUAAGAAAGGUUAUAGUACUAGAAAUCAUAUAAAAAUGAAAAAGAAUACAUUAUAUUUUUUGAAUACAUUUAUAAAUAAUUGUAAUUUAACAUAUAGUUCUUAUAUUAUUUGUUCAUAUGAAAAAUAUGAUGAAAUAAAAGAUUAUGCAUUAUCAUUACUUAAGAGUAAAAGAAUAUAUAUUAAUUAUAAUGAUUCAUUUUUUAUUGAUUUAAUUUUUUCUAUAUUCUUAUAUUUUGAUAAUUUUGUAUAUAAGAUGGAUUAUAUUAUAACACUUUUUAUAUUAUUUAAGAAUGGUUCUAGAUUAUUAUGUAGUGAGAAGAAAUAUUUGGAUUUAAUAUUAAUGUACAUAUUUUAUUUCCUUUUUUUUCAUGAUAGUGAUUUUAUGAAUAUUAAUUUCCAAGAAAAAUUUAGUAGGUUUGAAAAAUUAUUUAAUGAUAAAUCACAAUUCGAAGAUUAUAUAUCGAAAAAUGUAUAUUCUGUUAUAAAAUUAGAAGAUGAAAAAUUGAUCAAAAGCAUAUUUGAUAUUAUCAUAGCUAUAUUAGAUAAUAUUACUAAGUAUGAAUAUAUUGAGCAGUAUAAUGAUUCUAUCUUUCUUUUUAUAUUUAUGUAUUUGAGAAAAUUAAACGAACAAUAUAAUGAGGAGAAUAUGAAUAAUUCAUAUAUAAACAACAACAAUAAUGAAAAUAGUGACAGUGAUGACAUUAAUGAUAAUGUCACAAACAAUAAUAGUUCCCUUUGUAUGAAUAAUGAACAUUCCAAUAUAUAUACUUGUAGUAGUCAAUUAUCAUCCUUAAUAGAAAAAAUUUUUGAAAUAAAUAUUAAAUAUGAUAAUAUAAAUACCAUAGUUUUAAACAAAUCUUUUAUUUUAACAUAUAUUUUUUUUGAUAAGUUAAGGAAAUAUAAAAAAUGUGAUAAUGAUUCUUAUAUUUUAUAUAAUAAUAUAAUAAAAGUUUUAGACAUAUUGGAAAAGUACUAUAUGCAUAUCUUAAAAUUAAAUAUGAGCAAAUUAUACAUUGUAUAUAAGAAAGGUGAAACUAUAAAUGAAUUACACAAUAUGAUGGAAUAUUUAAUAUUAAGUGAAAUAAGUGAUAAAAAAGAAAAAAAAUUAAAUAAUAAUAAUAAUAAUAAUAAUAUGAAACAAAAUAUAUAUAAUAAUACAUUAUAUAUAUGCUCUAUGAAUAAUUGGAAAAAUAUACUUAUUGAAAAUAUUAUUAAUAUAUUAGAUUCAUUCAUAUAUUAUUCAAAAAAUAAUGUACUUAUUAGCACUGUAUUAAAAUGGUGUGUUAAUAUAUUUUUGGAUGAUAAUAAUUCUCCUAUAUGUUGUGCUUUUAUAUAUUACUUAUUAUUAUAUGAAAAUAGUAGUGAUGUCAUUUUGUCAAAUUUAUCAAAAGAUUAUUUAAAUUUACAUAAGGAUAUAAAACUAUCUUUUGAUGAAUAUAUUUAUUUUGUUUCAACAAGAUUAUUUAAUAUGAGGAAUAAAGAUGUAAUAUAUUUUUUAAUAGAGAAGGAUCAAUAUGAUGAAGAAAAUAAAAAGGAAAUUAUAAAUUCAAUUGAAAAUGUGAGUGAAACAAACAAUAAUAAUAGUAAUAUAAAUAGUAUAAAUAAUAAGUAUGAUAAAUAUCAUAAUAUUGAUGAAUUUGUGGGUUAUAAUAUUAUAAAUUAUAAUGUAGAUAUGUUAAAAGAAAAUAUUCCUUUAAACGACAUGAAAUCAUUAAUUGAAUAUUCCAAUAAUAAUUAUAGUCAUUUUAAUUUACUUCAUUUAUAUAAUUUAAUAAAAUAUAUUAAGAAUUUAAAAUUAGACAAAUUCUCUCAUAUAGAAAGUAUUUAUUUUACAUUUUUUAUUAUGGACUUAUAUUUGUUGAAUAUAAUUAAGCUUGAAAACUAUUUGGAUAAUGAUAAUUAUAUCAUAACCUAUUGUAUUAUUUUUAAUCUUUUAAUAAAAAAGAUAAAGAAAUUUUUUAGAAAUAAUGAAAAAAAAAAUAAAGAUAACAAAAUGGAAUAUUCUUGUACGAAUAUUUCUUUGUUGGAUAGCGAAGUGUGUAUAAUAUAUCAUAAUUUGUACAUUUUAAUGAAAGCAAGAUUUAAUUUAAUUAUACAAAAUUUAUUAUACAUCAAAAAUGUAAAUGAAACAAAAAAUAAAAUUAAAUCUGAAAAUGGUGAUAGUAAUCGUAAUGGUAGUAGUUAUAAUAGUUUGAGGUUGUUAAAAUAUACCAGCAAAUUUUUAACAAAAGUAUAUAUAUGUACAAACUUGAAAAAUGAUGAAUUACUUGCUGAUCUUUUAAAUUUCCUACAUAGCACAAAUUUUCAAGAAAUACACAAUGUGGAUAACCAGUUGAUUAUAAAAAUAUGUUUUAAUUUAUUAUAUUUUGGUACAAUUAUAAAAAAGGAAAAAACAUUUGAUGAAAAAUAUUAUGGCAUAUUAGAAAAAGUAACUAAAUAUAUUAUAUAUAUAUAUAAUACUUAUGUUAAGGAAAAUAUUCCUUUUGAGAAUAGUCUUUUAAAAUAUUGUAUUAAAUUUUUGUACCUCUCCUUUUUUUCGGAAAGAUUUUUAUUUAAGUGGAAUAAUGUAAUGAAAAAACUGAUAGAUUCCGAAAUACGAGAUAUUAAUAUUGAGAAUCAGUGUGUAUAUUCUUAUAUUGUAUUUAUAUUUAUUUCGAUAGAAAAAUAUAUAAAAUGUUGUACGAAUACAAAGGAUAUAAAUAAUAAGUAUGUUUGUAAUAUAGGUUUGUUAAAAAAUGUUUUAAAAUUAUUAAGUUGUUUUAUAACACUGAAAGAUGAUAAAAUUAAUAAUAUGUUGAAGGAAAAUAUCAAAGAUUGUAUUAUGUAUUAUGAUAUGUUGCCCAUCCAUAAAAUAUAUGGUUUUUAUAUAUCUCACUGUUUUUUAAAACUAGAUCAUAUGAGUGUUAAUAAGUUAUGUUAUGAUUGGUUAGAUUAUAUAUUAUUAUCUGAUAAUUUAUUAGAGGAUUUAUCUAAAAAUAAUAAGGUUGAAUUAGGAGAAAAGUAUAAAUGUUUAUGUAUAAUUAUGUUUUAUAUUAUAUAUUAUAAUCCAUUUUUAGAUUUUAUUAAUGAGCAUGCUUUUAAAAUUAGAGACCUUUUCAUAUAUUAUAUAAAAUUAAAAAGUGAUAUAUAUUCAGAAUAUUCAUUUUUAGGUUUAAGUGUUUUGUUCUUUUCAUUAUCUAUACAACAUCAUAUGAAUAUAAAUAAUAUAUACAUGGAUCAUGGAAAUAUGGAUUAUUUGGAUUCAUUAAAACAUGAUUUCCUUUUAUUAAAUGAGAAGAAAAAUAUUGAAAGUAAAAUGUUCGAAAAUAAAAAAGGGUUUAAUAUAAUAAAUAAUGUUGUAGAUACUAAUAAUAUGGAAUAUAUAAAUUUAAUUGACAGAUUUAAUAUGGAUAAUUUUUGUAUGUCUAAUUUAAUUAAAAAAAAGAAAAAAGAUGAUGAAAAAAAAAAUAUGAAUUUUGCAAUAAUGGAAAAUGAUACUUCUUAUUUUAUUAAUGAAUUAUCAUGUUUUUAUGAGGACAGAAUUAAAGAGAAUAUUUGUCCUGAUAAGAUGUCAUAUAAUAAUUUAUAUAAUAUGAAAAACAAAAGAGUAACAUAUGAUACUCUGCAGAAUUUUGUCGAAGGAAUUUUGAAUUCCUUUAAAGAUUGUAAUAUUGAUAUAUCAUUUUAUAAGAAUUUUUUAAAAAAUAAUAAGGAUAAAGAAUUUGAUGAGAAUUUUAUAAAUGAAAUAAAAAAAUUCGAGACCAGAAAAGAUCAUAUUUUGAAAAAUAUAUAUGAAUAUAUUACGAAUGAAAGAAAUAUGUAUUUAAUUAAUCAAUAUAUAAAUCUUAGUAAAUAUUGUCAUAAUAAUAUAUAUUUAUUUUUAUUUAUGCAGUAUUCUGAAUUAUUGAUAUAUAAAAAUUAUAAGAAAAUGAAGUAUUUUUUUUUAACCAAAUUGGACAAUAUAACUAAUAUGGAUAAUGUAAUAAAUCCUAUGAAUAAUAUAAAUAUUAUUGAUAAUAACCAUCAUGUGGUUUGUGAGGAAAUAUUUGAACCAAUAUAUGAAAAAUUAAAAAAGAAUAUAGAUUUACAUAUGCAAAGGGACAAUAUAAAUAAUUUAAAAGUAUGUAAUAAUAACAUAAAUUUUGAUAACUAUAUAUAUAAUGUAACUGAUUGGAAAAAGGUGAAUAAAAAAAUUCAUGAUAUUAUAAAAUAUAUGUACAAGAAGGUUUUCAUAUAUGAUAUAAUGAUUGAGAAAAAUGAUAUGAUUAAAUUUAAAUUUUUUGAAAAUAUAUGUUUAAAAGAUGUGAGUAAAACUAUGAUAAAAAUGAGAACCGAUUUUUUUAAAAUGAAAAAUGAAUUUGAGGAUUCUAUAUAUGGAAUAAAUUUAUUGAUUAAAGAAUUAGGAAAUUUCUAUUUAAUUAAUAAUGAAAUAAUUAAUGAAUCCAUUUUGAUAUUUUUAAGUGAAUUUCUUAAAAAGAUAAAUAUAAAGGAAAUAUUUUGUAUAAUUAUUGAUUAUUUUUUAUGUUUUAUAUGUAGAAUUAUUGAUACACAUAUGAUGAAUCUAAAGAUGUGUAUAUCUUUUUUGAAUACGUUUAAGAGUGUGUGUAUGAAGUUUUGUUCGAAUGUAUUAAAUGAAAAGGAGAAUAAUGAGGCUGAUACUAAAAGGGUAAUGGGUUUUGAAAAAUAUAAUAUGUUAACAACUCAUAAUAAUAAUAAUAAUAAUAAUAAUAAUAUAUAUAAUAUAAAUAAUUUAAGUAAUAAUAUAAACAAAUGUAACACUAACAAUAAAAAUAUGAUGUGUAAUAAUAGCUGUUGUAAUAUCAAAGAUACUGAUGAAAGAUGCAUUUGUUCCAUAUUACUAGGGUGGUAUGAAAAAAUUGAAGGUAAUAAAAAAUUAGAGUUAUUUAUAACAGAUUGUAUAAAUAGUUGUAUCUUAUCAUCUGAUACUUCUUUUUGCGAAUUAAGAAAUAUACAAGAUUUAUUAUUUUUUUAUAUUAAGAAUAGUGAAAAAAUUGAAAUUGAUUAUAAUGAUUUAAAAAUUGAAGAAAAUAGGAAGGAUGAAGUUACAAUAGAAUAUAAAGAAAAAGAAAUAUAUUUUUCUAAAAUGCUUAGAUAUAAUAAUUUAGUAAAACAGAAGAAUGCUAUUGAAAAAUUAGUAUCACAUUAUAAAAAUGUAUUAAAUAUUGAAGAGGAUAUAAGAAAUAUAUUAAAUAAUAUAUUAAAAAAUGGUUCAAUUAUGAAUAGUAAAUAUAUAUUAAGCACUUUAUGUUUUAUUAUUAUGAAAUUAAUAGAUAAAUAUGAAACAUUGUCUGUUGAUAUAUAUAUGAAUGUUCAUUUAUGUAUUAUAUCUUUUGAAUUAUUAUCUACAUAUAUAUCAAAAAAUAUUAAUGGAAAUUAUUUAAUAUAUAUGAAUGAAUUAUUAUAUUAUUUAAUACACAAAGUUCCAUUUUAUUAUUACACCAAAUUUGUAUACUUUCAUUUAUUAAAAGAUUAUUUUGAUAUAAAUUUAAAUUUUAAGGAUAUUCAAAAUGUGCGAAAUUAUUCAAGUUCUGUAGUUUUAUAUUUAUUAAAAAAGCAUUACCUUCUUGAUUUACAUGAAAAGCAUAUUUUUCGCGACAACAAAUCUGUUGAAAAUAUUAUAAUGUAUGAACAAAUAAUAUUAUUGAAAAAUGUAAAUGAAAAAAUAAAAGAUCUAUUACAAAAAAAAGAAUAUAAUUUAAAUGAAUUUCUCAUAUAUAUAAAAGGAGAAAACGUUCUGAAAGAUGAACCAUCACAUAAUAAUAAUAUUAACAAUAUUAACAAUAUUAACAAUAUUAACAAUAUUAACAAUAUUAACAAUAUUGAUGAAAAUUAUAAAUAUAUAUGUGAUUCAUUUUUAAAUAUAUGUGAUAAAUUAGACAAGGUACAAUUAUUAGGCUGUAACUUUAUUUUUGAUAUGAAAAGGAGAAAAGAAGGUCUUGAAGAUGAUGGAAAUUAUUUAUAUAUUGAAAAUUUUAUUUUAAAAAGAAUGAAAGACAAAAUAUAUGAAAAUAAACAUAAUAUUAAUAUGAUGAAGGAUAGAGAUGUUGAAGUAUUUGUAACAAGCAUGAUAAAUUUUAUGAAUAUAAAAAUUAAAAAUAUUUUAAAUAUGGAAAUUGAAAAGAAGAAAUUAUUUAAUGAAGAAAAUAAAUUAUUAUUAAAAAGUUUGGAAUCAAAAAUGCUUGUAAGAAGUUUUAUUUUAAGAAAUGUACAAAAGAAUGAUGAUAAUAAUUAUUAUAAAGAUAUAUAUGAUAUCUUACAAAAAAGAAAUAUGUUUCAUUUUUAUAAAUUUUUUAAUGAUUAUGUUGAAGAAUUUCUUCAUUUUCUUGAUUCCAAAUUUUUAAAAGAUAAAAAGGGUUGUUUCAUGUCAAUUUAUGUAUUUAUACAAUCAUUUGUUGAUAUAUAUAAAGAAGAUAAUUAUGAUGAAUUGGAUGCUGAAAAUAUAAAGAAUCUUAUAAAUUUAUAUAGAAAAAUAAAGAAAGUGAUGGAUGAAAAGGAAUAUGUACAAUCUUUUGAUAAUUAUUAUAUUCUUUUGUCCUUAUUAAAAUGUAUAAAUUUAUUAUUAUUAUUAAUAUAUAACAGUACUAAGAAGAAUAAUAAAAUAAAUGAUCAUAAUAAUAAUAAUAAUAAAAUGGAUUAUUCUACGACAUCACGUGAUUCAUCCACUUGUCCACAUUAUAUUCACGCCUUUGAAAAUAAUAACCUUUCCUUUAAUAUGAAUGAAAUUUAUAAAACAUUUGAAGAGUUAUUAUGUAUUUUUGUUAAAGUUCAAGAAUAUGAAAUAUUUCAACAUAUGUAUAUUUUUUUAUUUAAUAUUCCAUCCUUUUUAAUAAAAAAUUUUAAUUUUGCAAAGUUAUAUGAAUGUAUUGUUCAAUUAAUGGAUGCCUAUUUUAGGAAAAAGGAUAUACAUUCGGAUGAAAUAAUUAUUUAUGAUAAUUAUUUUUUACUUCAUUUUUCCAAACUUGCAUUAUGUGUUUUUUCUUAUUUCUUAAUAAAAAAGGACAGGAAUAAGUGGUUACAUUUUUACAACUUUGAAUAUUUAAAUAAGUAUAUCAAAAUGGGAAAGCUGAAUGAUUAUACAUUUUGUUUAGAUAACACACAAAAGGAAAACUAUUCGAAUAGAAAUAAUGUUAAAGAUUAUCAUUAUAUUUUUUUACUUACAUAUAUUAAAAGAAAUGAGUAUAAAAUGGAGAUUGAUAAAUCAUUAAGUAAUAGUAAAGAAAAUAUAGUAAAGAAUGAGAUACAAAAAAAUAAUGAUAUAAAUAUAUUGAAUGAAUAUCAAGAAUAUAUAUAUGAUAAUAAUAUUCUAGAAGUUAAUAGAGAUAGUUAUUUAAAUAUACAAGAGAACUUUUUCAAAUAUUUAACUAAAUUAUUGUUCAUCUUAUUUGAAUAUUGUAAAGAAAAUAAUACUAAACAUAAUAUUAGCCUUAACAUGUACAAUGAUAUUAGUAAUAGUAAUGAUAACAAUCAUAUGAUUAUCAAUAGUAAUAAUAACAUUUUAGGACUAAUAAAAACAUUUUUUUAUUUUAUGUUUUAUAAUAAGAUAUAUUUAUUUGAGAUAGGUAAUAUAGACAUAUGGGAAAGGAUAUAUAACUACAUUUAUUUAUUAAUUAUAAAAUGUAGAAGUAGAAAGGUUUUUGACACCUUAAUGGAUGUACUGAAUAUAUUGUUAUGUAUAUAUAAUUCAUAUAGUUAUGAGAAUGAAAAUGAUCGAAAUAUUUAUACAAAUAUAAAAAUAAAAGAGCUUACUAAAUUUAGGAAUAAUAAAGAAAACAAAGAAAAUAAUGAAUAUGAUUAUAUUUUUUACAAUGAUGAUAAUGAGGAUAAUUAUAUGACAGGUACAAUUAAUUUUCUUUUUAUUGCAUUUUUAAAAUUUUCUGAAAAGUCUAAAUUAUUUGUUUUCCCAGACUAUAUUAUGAAAAAUUUAAAAUAUGCCAUUUUGUUGAAUUAUCCACAUUUCUUAUUAUAA